UCAUGAAACUUAGCGAAAUAAAAUCCAGGGAAAGAAAGAGGUAUCGUAGCCAGCAGCAUCCUAACUGGUUCACCAAAUGAGUCCAGAGAGAGAAAGCUGCAACUCACGGCACUUCACAUGGCUCAUGAAAUCUUGCUUUCCCAAUCCUCACGAUACCACAACAACAACAACCACAAAACACUCAUCACAACCGCAACCCCACCCUACUUCCCCUGCACACGCCACCACAAUAUCCUCCCUCCCAGACGACAUCGUUUUAGAUUUCCUCACUCGCGUUCCUCCUUCUUCCCUUCCUUCUCUUUCCCUCGUCUGCCUUUCCCUCGUCUGCCGUCGCUGGUCCCGCAUCCUCCACUCCUCCGACUUCUCCGACCUCCGCCGCCACCUCAAACUCAUCCGCCACACAGCCAUUGCCCUCACCGCCACCGAUUUCGGAUUCUCCGCCGCAUCUCUCCUCGACGGCGCUUGGAACCCUUCCUUUUUCCUCCCUUGCUACGACGCUAUCUCCCUCCAUAAUUUCCAUUCUCUCAUAUCUCAAGCGCGCGUCGCUUCGAUUGGUUCCAGAAUUUUCAUCGUCGGGAGUAAUGCUACUGUGCGGUACGACACAUGGGCGGGAACGGUGGUCCCUCGCUCCAACAUGAUCUUCCCUCGAAAGAAAUUCGCACUGGCCGCCGUUUCCGGGAAAAUAUACAUCGCAGGUGGAUGUUCCAGGACUUCUGCGGUUGAAGAGUAUGAUCCAAUAACAAACACGUGGAGCGUGGUUUCGCACGCGCCGAGGAGGAGGUACGGUUGCAUUGGAGCUUCUACCGACGGAGUUUUCUACGUCAUUGGUGGGUUGAGAAUUGGCGCGGCAGAGCAGAACGAAAUCUCACGCGCUGUAUUGGGAACUGAGGCUCGCGCAGCUUAUGCUAGCUCAAUGGAUUUGUAUGACGUGGAAGGACGUAAUUGGCUUAGGAGUCGUGCGGUUCCCGGCGGAGGUUGCGUGGUUGCCGCUUGUGCUUCUGCUGGAAAAGUAUACGUGCUGACUAGCCAUACGGUGGAACUUUGGUUUUGGAGUUUUGAGGCACAGAGGAAAUGUGGAGGUCGCGGUGGCGCGUUGGGAGAGUGGUGUAGGAUAAAGAGUCCGCCGCUGCCUGUGCAGGUUAGAGUGGAUACAAGAAUGAGAUUCAGUUGUGUGGGAAUGGGAGAAAAGGUUGUGUUGAUCCAAGUUGCUGGAUGCGUGAACGCAGAGAGGAGGGGCGGUUCAAAAGAAGGAUUUGUUUUGGUGUAUGAUUGUGUGACCGGAGAGUGGGAAAGAGGGGCUGAUUUGCCGGAGGUGUAUCGACGCGCCGCCUAUGUGAGUGUGGAAUGUUGAAUUAACGUGUGUAGUGAGACCAGCAGACAAUGCUGCGUGAAAGCUCAUAGGAUAGGAUUAGGGGUAUCUAAAAUCGAAGUUUGUGGGCCAUUGAAAGCGAUCGGUUUAUUAAUUAGUUAAUCUUUUUUGGAACGAGAAUUAGCUGUGAUAGGUCUAUUUUGGCUUGUUCUCUGUAAUUUAGUUUACCUUUUCAUUUUAAUUUUAACAUAAAAACUGUUGAAAAUUGAUUCACAUUUAUUGUCAUCGAACCUGUCUUAUUGAUUUGGCAAGGUUUAGUAACAUCUUUGUAUCUCAUAA